ACCCACUCGACCGUCGACGUCGGUAUGCUCCUUUCGCGACCCUGAGCUAUCUUCCCGCCGCGUUCUGGAUUGAUCGCGCGCUCUUCAUGUGACACGUCGGCAAGAUGUUGUUCGCAUUCGCGCUGCUGCCGCUCAUUUCAUUACUAUCUCUCGGACACGCCUACCAGGCCCUCGAGGAUGAGACGCUCAAACACCUACCCGGGCCGGGCGAUGACUUCGACAUAAAGAAGGGCUCGAUACUGGCGCCCAUCUUGAUCCCCAGAGUCUCGGGGACAGACGGCAAUGCCCUUGUUCGCCAGCAUUUUCUGAAUUUCUUCAAGUCGCAGCUGCCGGAAUGGAGGAUAGAGAUGCACAACUCGACGUCGACGACGCCGGUGAGCAAAGGCAAGGAAGUGCCGUUUGUCAAUGUUAUUGCGACACGCGACCCACCGGGCAGCUUUCAGGGGGAUGUUUCGCGCCUGGCCUUGGUCGCGCAUUAUGACAGCAAGUAUACACCGAAAGGCUUCAUUGGAGCCAUCGACAGCGCGGCCCCAUGCGCCAUGAUCUUGCACAUCGCUCGCAGCAUCGACGCGGCGCUGACAAAGAAGUGGGCUGCGGCGGACCCGGACGACUUUAACGUGGAGCACAAGGGAAUGCAGAUCCUGUUGCUCGACGGCGAGGAGGCCUUCAAGACCUGGACCGACACGGACAGUCUGUAUGGCGCGCGAGCUCUCGCCGAAGACUGGGAAUCCACUUUCCACGCCGCGUCCUCGAUAUACCGCACCCCGCUCGAUUCGAUCGAUUUGUUCCUGUUGCUCGACCUCCUUGGCUCCAAGGGCCCAAAUGUACCGUCCUACUUCAAGACCACGCACUGGGCAUACAAGCACAUGGCGACGGCCGAGGCACGCUUGCAGAAGCUGGGCUUGAUGAAAUCUUCUCCAAAUCACGAGUCCAAGAUGGCCAAGCGCAAGGACAAGAAACCCCGCGCCGAACGCCCCUUCCUUCCUGACGCGAACAAACAAAACGAUGCUUUCAUGGGCGGCUUCGUGCAGGACGACCACGUUCCCUUCAUGGCGCGCGGCGUGGAGAUCCUGCACAUGAUCCCAACUCCCUUUCCAAGAGUGUGGCACACAAUCGAAGACGACGGAGAGCACCUAGACAUGGACACGGUAGAAGACUGGACAAAACUCGUCAUGGCAUUUACCGCAGAGUGGAUGGAGCUAGAGGGCUUCUUCGACUUCAAAGCGGAGAAGCGGGAGGUGGGUGCCGAGAAAUCGGAACUUGAGAUACCCUAGACCCUUACGAAUCAAUUUUUCGAGCAUACCACCAAAGUGAUACAAUGCGUUGUGCCUUGUGUUUACGCUUACCUCGAGUUGCACACUGACUGAUACUGACACGGAC